CAGACCCACAAUGCACUGCAUGCUCUAACUGAAAUUCAGAAGAGUGGAUUCAGUGAAAAGAAUGGCAAUGAAAUGCCAUAUAGGACAGGGGGGUUAAUAAAGGACUUGUCGAUGGUGGUGGUAUUAGUAGUAAUAUUUGUAGGUUAUGAUGUUACUGUUACUAUAAUGGUAUUACUGCUGAUGAUGUUAGUCCUCCACCGACAGCAGCAGGGGGACUCGCCCUGUGUUCGGUAGCUGGUUAACAGCCUCUGCCGUUGGCUUCCUCCCAUUUUGUGUGCAGAUGGAUCGGGACUGGACAGCAGAUGGUUUCAGCCCGCGGUCCACAGCGACCGUACGGCUCCCGAGGCUGCAGCCGGACUACAGACAGCCCAGGUUGACAGAGGACACAGCGGUUCACCACGUCAGAGGGCCACAUAAAGCGCAUGAUUGGAGUCAGAGCAAAGUGCAGACAGGAAGCUUAAUGCACAACUUUCUCUUCCACGAUCUCCAACGCACGCCAUAAUGCAGCGGUGUCAUGGCAAAGUCCCGGUUCGGCUGUGGCUCUCGCCGAUUGGCAGCUGGUAUUUUUUGGUUUUAUGUAUCGCACCUGUAAUGUUACACCCGCAGUGUUUGGACUUUAAGCCGCCCUUCCGACCGCUGAGGGAGCUGGAGUUUUGCGUAAUGUACAAGGAGUUUGGCUGCUGUGAUUAUCAGAAAGACCAGGACCUGAUGGCAAAGUACUACCAGAUUAUGGAUCAUUUUGAUUAUUCUGAAUAUGCCAGCUGUGCUGGGUUCGUCCUGGAGCUGCUCUGCCAGGAAUGCUCUCCCUAUGCAGCUCACCUCUUUGAUACUGAAGACCCAAGCACGCCAGUCAGGACCAUCCCUGGCCUCUGUCCUGACUACUGCUCCCAGUUUUGGAAGAAGUGCAGCUCCACCAUCCCUCUCCUGUCUGAAGACCCACACAUAGCCAAAGUCAAAGAAGACCAGACACAUCUCUGCCAGUACCUGGACCUAGACGACGUGGACUACUGCUACCCACACCUCCUCAGCAACCAGAAGCUCACACAGAACCUGGGCCGGGUUCAGUCAGACUCGGACGGCUGUCUGCAGCUGUGCUUGGAAGAAGUUGCAAACGGGCUCCGUAACCCGCUAGCCAUGGUGCACGCCAAAGACGGCACACAUCGGUUCUUUGUGGCAGAACAGGUGGGCCUGGUGUGGACGUAUCUUCCUGACCGGUCCAAACUGGAGAGACCAUUUUUGAACAUUACUAAGGCGGUGUUAACUUCAUCAUGGGAAGGUGACGAGAGAGGCUUUCUGGGACUCACCUUUCACCCCAAGUACAAGUACAACGGGAAGCUGUAUGUGUAUUACUCAGUGGAGGUUGGUUUUGAUGAGAGGAUAAGGAUCAGUGAGUUCCAUGUGUCAGCCAACGACAUGAAUGUGGUAGAUCACACCUCUGAGCGUGUUAUUCUGGAGAUCGAUGAACCAGCAUCCAACCACAAUGGAGGGCAACUUCUUUUUGCAGAUGAUGGCUACUUGUACAUUUUCACAGGGGAUGGUGGAAUGGCAGGAGACCCAUUCGGGAAAUAUGGGAAUGCCCAGAACAAGUCAGCUCUGCUGGGUAAAGUUCUCCGCAUUGAUGUGGAUAACAAUGAGAGAGGCCCGUUGUACAGAAUUCCUCCAGAUAACCCCUUCAUACACGAGCGGGGGGCUCGACCUGAGAUUUAUGCUUACGGUGUCCGCAAUAUGUGGAGGUGUUCUGUGGACCGGGGCGACCCUCAGACCAAAGAGGGCAAAGGGCGCAUCUUCUGCGGGGAUGUGGGCCAGAACAAGUUCGAAGAGAUCGACAUCAUCGAGAAAGGUCGGAACUACGGCUGGAGAGCCAAAGAGGGCUUCUCCUGCUACGAUAAGAAGCUCUGUGCGAACAGCUCGCUAGAUGAUGUCCUGCCUAUUUAUGCGUACCCUCACAAGAUGGGCAAGUCAGUGACUGGUGGCUAUGUGUACCGAAGCUGUGAAUACCCCAACCUGAAUGGCAUGUACAUUUUUGGAGACUUCAUGAGCGGGCGUUUGAUGAGCCUGCGGGAGGACAGGAACACAGGGCAAUGGAAAUACAAUGAGAUCUGUAUGGGGAUGGGCCUGACCUGCGCCUUCCCUGGACUCAUCAACAACUACCACCAGUACAUCAUCUCCUUUGCAGAGGAUGAAGCUGGCGAGCUGUACUUCAUGUCGACUGGAAUACCGAGCGCUACGUCACCUUCAGGAGUCGUUUAUAAAGUGGUGGAUCCCUCGAGACGCGCUCCACCAAGACAAUGUCACUAUGACCCUCUUCCUGUCAGAGUGAAAAGUAACCUCAUCAAGUUUGUUCCCCAGGAAACAUUAAUUGCCAUUGAGCCACCAAGCAAAAACAAGCCGGAGCCACAACCCACAGAGUCCUAUGACUGGCUCCAAGAGCUCAUUGACAGUCUAGGUGAAGUAGGACCAGACCCGACCACCCCUUUGCCAACCACAACUACCACCAAACCACCCAGACAUUCGAGGCGGAAAGGCCGACGCAGGAAGGGCAAAUCCAGAGCAGAGAGUGCGCCCGAGCUCCAGAAUGGAGUGGUGAGGCUGGUUGGGGACGAACAAGGCCGCAGCGACCGUGGACGGGUGGAGAUCUACGUUAACGGGGAGUGGGGCACCGUGUGUGACGACCUAUGGACCACGAAGAAUGCUGCAGUGGUUUGCCGGCAGCUAGGUUUCCGGUACGCUCUGAAGGCAGCCAAGAACUCGGAGUUCGGGGAGGGGAAGGAUCUGCAGAUUGUUCUGGACGAUGUUCAGUGCGAAGGGACCGAGUCCAGCCUGCUGGACUGCAAACACGCCGGCGUGGGGACACAUAACUGUGCCCAUUAUGAAGAUGCUGGGGUGAUCUGUGGCAAUUCGGACUAUGUUGUAGAAGUCUAAAUGUUUGACUACUAUGAAGUCAGAGCUAAUCAUCAUCAACUAAACCUGUUGUGUUAAAAAUCCACCCUAAAUUUAACACUGUUAAAAACUUGUAUUUUCAGUAUAGUCUUGGUGGAGAAUCUUCUCGUUCCCAUGAAUGAGCCCACCAAACAGAGAUCACUUUGUGCCAUGAUUUUUCCAGCAGGUACAAUGGAGUUGUUUUGUUGUCAGUCCAUCACAAUAAAAAAGAAAGGGAGAAAUCUUGUAGAAUGCAGUGCAACCCUGAUACAUCGUGCUUUGAAGGGGCAUGACACUUAUUUUUUCCAUAGAACCCACAGGUGAAAGCAAAAAGUUCAGGACAUCACAAUCUGAAGCAGGAGGAGAUGUAGGUUGGGGGAAAAUGACAAUCUAUUCAUCAAAGCAUUCCAGAGGUUAUUUAUGAGAUGGCCUAACAGCUGGAAUGCACUGAUGAUAUCUAACACUGUAACCAUAUCCAAAGGUGUGGUUUUCCUAUAGUCUCUUGUCAGUAGUGGCACAAAUUACUCACUAUUUUUCCCAAAGGUAAAUGUUUAUAUAAGAGUUUAUUUUUAAUUUUUCAUUCCAGACUUUAAUGUUUAAUUUGAAUGUAUGGUUGGCAUUAUUGCUUUAAGUCUUUGCCUUCUCAGUGAUUUGUCACACUAACAAAUUUGACAACAAGGGUCUGAAUGUCACAUUUCCUAACGUGUUGAAAGCUCAAUACCCACUGAAUGAAUGUGUGGUUGUAUCAUGAUAUUAUUGUUUUGGUAAAUGAUAUUAAUAAAAGCGUUCUAGUGUCUAA